AUGGUGGACAUCCUCCUCCCGCGGCCGCUCCCGGGCGCCAUGGGGGAGCCCUCCAAGAGGCGGCCGGGGCUGGCCCUGUGCGCGGGCUGCGGGGGCCGCAUCCAGGACCCCUUCCUGCUGCGGGUGUCGCCGGACCUGGAGUGGCACGUCGCCUGCCUCAAGUGCGCCGAGUGCGGGCAGCCCCUGGACGAGACCUGCACAUGCUUCCUGCGCGACGGCAAGGCCUACUGCAAACGGGAUUACAGCAGGCUCUUCGGCAUCAAGUGCGCCCAGUGCCGGGCGGCGUUCAGCAGCAGCGACCUGGUGAUGCGCGCCCGCGACCACGUCUACCACCUCGAGUGCUUCCGCUGCGCCGCCUGCGGCCGCCAGCUCCUGCCCGGCGACCAGUUCUGCCUGCGGGAGCGCGACCUGCUCUGCCGCGCCGACCACGGGCCGCCCCCCGACGGCGCCGCCGCCCGCGGCCCGCGCAGCCCCGCGCUGCCGCCGGCCGCCGCCGCGCACCUCGCAGAGCCGGUGCCCGGGCGGCCGCCCGCCCCGCGGCCGCCGGCGCACAAGGCGGCGGAGAAGACCACCCGCGUGCGGACGGUGCUGAACGAGAAGCAGCUGCACACGCUGCGGACCUGCUACGCCGCCAACCCGCGCCCCGACGCCCUGAUGAAGGAGCAGCUUGUGGAAAUGACGGGGCUCAGUCCCCGCGUCAUCCGCGUCUGGUUCCAGAACAAGCGCUGCAAGGACAAGAAAAAGUCCAUCCUCAUGAAGCAGCUCCAGCAGCAGCAGCACAGCGACAAGACGAGCCUGCAGGGCCUCACCGGGACGCCGCUGGUGGCCGGCAGCCCCAUCCGCCACGAGAGCGCCGUGCAAGGCAGCGCCGUGGAGGUCCAGACCUACCAACCGCCCUGGAAGGCCCUCAGCGAGUUCGCCCUGCAGAACGACCUGGAGCAGCCCGCCGCCUUCCAGCAGCUGGUCUCCUUCUCCGAGUCCGGCUCCUUGGGCACCUCCUCUGGCAGCGACGUGACCUCGCUGUCCUCCCAGCUCCCCGACACCCCCAACAGCAUGGUACCCAGCCCGGCCGAGACGUGAAGCGGCCCGUCCGCCCCGCCGCGGGACCUCCGCAUGCCUGCGCUCCCUGCAUGAGACACCCGGCCCCGGGCCGCUCCCAGAGAGUCGGACAAACGCCUUUGUUUUUUAAUUAUUCUUAUUUAAAAACGAACAAAAAAGAUGUUACUGACGGCCAAAAAAGCACCGGGAUCCUCGCUGCCUUCACCAGACCGGAGAGAGAGCCCCCGCCCUGGUUAU